GUUCGGAAUUCACAUUCGGCUUUGUAAAGCUAUACGAAGCGUUGGAACUCCAUCUGUCGAAUUGUUUGUUGUCUGGUGGUCGGUGACCUAGUUAUAGUUAAAGUAAAUACCUUUUCAUCGACUCUACUUGAAGCACUCCUUGACUGCCGACUCAAACUGUUGCUAGUCACGGAACACGAACAUCGUGACCACUGGACAAGUCGCUCGGCUCACGUGUAUAGCAGAGGAGAGAGUUUGGUAUCGAGAGUUGAUCCUCUCAGUGGCCUUGGUCAAAAAAUGGCGGAAUUCCAGAAAGAGAGCGGUGAACUGAGAACAGGGGCUGUUUCGCAGAGGACUGGUGAUAAAACUGCAAGAGCGAUCCCUCUCUGUCUUCCUAACAAUUAUCAGUGGGAUUCUAAGACUUGUCAAUGCGUUAAAACCAAUGAAGUUCGUUCUUCAUUGUAUGUAGUUGAAGAGGCACUUGAGGAGCUGAGGAAAGUCAAAGGCCCAGUGUGCACCGUUGCUGUCUCUGGUCCUUUACGGAAAGGAAAGUCUUACAUUUUGAGUGAGGCUUUUGAUCAACCAGAGGUAUUCCCUCUUGGACACGAAUUUGAUCCGGAGACCAUGGGAAUCUGGAUAUGGAUCGUGCCAGAGAAAUAUAAGGACUUAAGUGGCCAAGACGUCACAGUGGUGCUGUUGGAUUCAGAGGGUGUUGACGCUGCUCUCAGUAAAGGUCGUGACGACUAUCAGAUAUUUACUUUAACCGUUCUGUUGGCUUCCGUGCUUAUUUAUAACUCAAGUGGUGUUCCCACAAGGCGUGAUCUCGAUAGUUUGCACUUUAUCUCUAAGCUGUCUGAACGAAUCCAUGCAAGAUCUAACUGGAAAGAAACUGAUAAGAAAAAAGAAGAAGAGUUCUUACACAGAACGUUUCCUUUCUUUAUUUGGUUGCUGAGAGAUGAAGUGCUCUCCAUUCCACGCGACUGCAAAGACAUCAAGGAUUACUUCUUGAAAAAGGUUUUCCGUCAGAAUGCUCCCCGAAGUAGGAGUGAUGUACCAGAUGUAGCCGAGGGCAUCUUGAAGUUCUUUCCUGGUUUUAAUGCGUUUGCCCUAUCCCCUCCUUCAACUGAUCCAAAUGUGUUAAACAAUCCUAACACGAAAAAGGAUCAAUUACAGCCUCAAUUUUUGAGUGAAUUAGAGCAGUUUAAGAAGAUGAUAAAGUCCAUGCUAGUCCCAAAACAAAGCAGCACUAAAGGAGAGCUUGUAACUGGAGAAGGUCUUGCCGCCCUGGUCACACAUUACGUUUAUCGUGCCAUCAACACUCCUGAUGUGGUUCCAAACGUUCAGGUCGCGUGGGAUCUGUUUGUUAAAGACAAGUGUUCAGACACCAUAAAGAAAUGUCAACAGAAAUAUAACGAGCUUAUGGACUUAAAACUGCCAUGUGAUAAUGCUGAGAUACAUUUGUGUCACGAAUCCGCAAUGGAGGAAACUAAAGAUCUGUUCAUGGCGGAAAUGUCUGGCAUUUCAACAACCACAGUGGAGAAGCAACUGAGGGAACUGAAGAGUUUUUUCAAGAAACGGUUGAACGAAUGGAAGACUGAGAAUUCAAGGUUAACAAGACAAUUCUGUGAUGAUCUUCUGUUACAACUAAAAACAAAACACCUAGAUCCGGUCAUUGAGCAGCUUCAAGGAAGAGAAGGUUUAGAUUCAUUCGAUGACAUGCUGCACGUUUAUCGACAAAUCAAAGAUGACUACGAGGCAAGCGCAUUGGGUGCUAAAGAUGCCAUUGCUGAGGCGUUCUCCGACUUUCAUUCCAAACUAGCUGCGGAUACAAAACAAUACCGUGAUAAACUGAAACAACUGAAAGAUUUUGACCAGAGAGCCGCGAGGGAAAUAGCAGCAGCAGUUUUCAUAGAGCGGGAAAGGAUACGGCUUGAGGAAGUCAACGCUGGUUUGCAGCAGGAAAAUCGAACAAUGGAAAAGGAGAUGCAAAUGCUGAUUGCCAGAUCAGAAAAGGAGAAAGCUGGGCUGCUAUUGCUAAAGGAAGAAAUGAUGAAAAAGGAGCGCGAACAAUCGCAGAAUAUGCAGCAGGCAGGCCUGAUAGAAGCCCAGCAGCAAAGGGAAACCUACAUCAAAGAAAACCAAGCCCUUGGCGAGCGGCUACUGGAGGUGCAAAAUGAAAACGAGGAACAAAUGAAAGUGAUGAAGAGCAUUUCAGAAAUGAUCGUUGUACACCAAAGGGAGAAAGAGCAGCUUCUUGAUCAAAUGGAGACACGUUCACCUGAAGAGUUAACAGAUUCAAUGAAGGAGCUAGAAAGAAGGCAAUCAGAAGAAGUAAAUGCACUCCUGAUAAAGAUGGAAGCUCGUGUGGGUGGCAUCAAAUCAAGCGGCGGAGAAUACUUCAACACCACACUGAAAGACGACGAGGAUCUGCCAGACAUGAUGACUUCGAGGGCACAAAUCGCUCGGGAUCUACACCAAAGGUUGGCAGAAAACGAAAGAAAUCAAAGGGAUCUUACAACGGGUGAAAUCCUGAAGCAAGUCCUCAAGUUUAUGGGAGAUGUUGCACCAGUGGUUGGCAAAGUAGCAGCUCUUCAUCCAACGUGUUCACCUUAUGCUAUGCCAGUGGCCUCAGCCGUGGUAAGCAUUGCCGAAGCUGCGCAGUCUCUUGACUGCAGUAUCAUGUAACUAUUAUCUCCAAGAGAUUUCUUGAAUACGCUUGCAGAAACAGAACGUGGACUAGAAGUUAAAUGAUACGAAACUGUAUUUGGGAUUUCAUUAAAGUAACCAGUGAAAAUUA